AUGACAGAUCUAGCUGGAAACAAUGUAUCAACAGAAGCACUUACUACCUUUUGGAUGCAGCGCAUGCCCAAUAACGUAAGAUGUAUUUUGUUAGCAUGUAAGAGCGAAACCUUAAAUGAUCUACCUGAAAUUGCGGACCGAAUAUUAAAUAAUUCUACUAGGUCACCAUAUGUAAUGGCAACAGCAAAUCGUAACAGUCCAACAUACACAGAUUCCACAUCAGCAUCAAGAAUCGGUGCACUAGAAUCCAGAAUGUUAGCCAUAGAAACGUCUAUCAGUCAAUUAAUUGCCAAAAUGAGUGACUUAUCUACUAGCAUAGCAUGGGAAGGUCGAAAGUCUCGAAAUUCAUACCGAAACCCUUCACGACAGCGUCCAAGCAGUUCAUCGCGUUCGAAUAAAGUUUGUCGAUACCAUAUAAGAUUUGGAAUUGCAGCAAAAAAAUGUGAACAGCCCUGCGAGUUCCAACCCGCAACAAACGUCCAACAGCAUUCGGGAAACUAA